AUGGAUCGCCCCGAACCAGGGCUCGUCAAAUGGUCGUCCAACCCGUCAUAUGAUAACUUCAUUCAUAUCAACCUUCAGCACCGCGUUGUCCAGGUUUACGAACCGACUGGUCACGCAAGAGCUGGCAAGUUCGACUAUCAGAAACUCACUCGUCACGAUGACUUUCCUCCUCUCACAACCUACGAUUGGUCGCCAACCAAUCCCGGUCUUCUCGCCGUUGGCACUGGAAGUGGAAUUGUGAACUUGCUUAGGAUUGACGAUGGAUCUAAUGCGUACGUGGAGCUGGGUCUCAAGAUGUCUCGUACUUGUCAAGCCGUUGCGUUCAAUACAACCGGGUUGUUAGCAGUUGGCCUGGACAGAGUGCGGAUGGAUCAAUGUCUUCACAUCUGGGAUGUCAGCCGAUUGUCUUCAAUAGACAAGAACACAAAAGGCUUUCCUUCGGAUGCAACUAAUAUUGCUGAACCUAAAACCCGCCUUGAACCUAGUGUCUCUGUGUCAAGCAUCAAAUUCUUUGAAGACAGCCCCCAAACUCUUGUUGUUGGUAUCAAAGCUCAGGGUCUUCGAAUACAUGACCUUCGAGAUCCUUCAAGCAUUGUUACGUUUCAAACAAAGUGCAACAACAAUCUUACAAUCGACUAUGCUGAUCAGAAUUAUUUUGCUUCGUCUGCCCUGGACCAUCCUGGAGUAAUGAUCUGGGACCGUCGAGCUACAUCUCGACCUGUGGCUUCUCAUGCAUACAUGCAAGCAAUUGAGGAGGAUGAACUCCCGUGGGGUGGAGCAUUGCGUCUUGACCGAGUCAUUGAGACUGAUUCUGACCCUUUCCUGGCUGAGGGAAAGUAUUCCCUUGUUCGAUCACUUCGAUAUUGUCGUGAUCAUCGUGGCUUGCUUGCUGUGCUAUCUCGUACAGGACAACUCAAGGUCUUGAACACCAACAAAGAGGCCCCAUCUUCUGGGUCGAGCAACCCGGAACUUCUCCAAGUUCAAAAGUCUUAUGAGAUGGACGUCUCAUAUGUCGAAACAUCAAGGAAGAAUGAUCGAAUUGUUGCCUUUGACUGGGUAACAUUGAGCUCACCUGUUCUUCGUCCACGACUCCUUGUUCUACGAGCCAAUGGAAACUUUGAAAUCCUCGAACAGCCAUCGCAAACAUCAGAUCAUGUUUACAAACUUGUACCAUGGACAGCACCGCAUCGCGGUCUCGAAGAGGGUGCCCCAUACCACAGUAUGAUGCAGUUUGAACCAUCACAAGCUCCCGAUAUGUUAGGGCCUCUUCUUAUCGAAGAAGCUUUGUCAGAAGUGCCAUUAUUCGGACCAGAGAGCGCAAGUGUCCGGGCAGAUACGGAGGCCUUACUGAAGGCAAAUAACAUGACUUCAGUGGUUAUAGAGGACAUUGGGGCAACCACAAGGCCACUGCCUGAGGCCUUUCACAAAGCUUCUACCGUCGCAGCUAAAAUAAGAGCCUUGCGUGCCUUCGUAAGAGAUGAGUUCCAAGCUCCAAAGGGUAUAAAGCCACGUGCUGGUGACACGAAGAUCGUCGAAAGCGAGACCAGUGAGAUGUCUCUAGCUUCCGAUAGCUUGGGCUCAUGCCGGGAAAUCCACGAUGCAUUGUUGGCUUCACUGGCUGAGACUGAAGGUCUCCCUCGAGAAGCACAGAACGUACUUGAUCACAAUAUGUUGUUACGUGCUAGAGAGAAAUACCUAUUCGACGCGGUAGCAAACAGAGACAUCGUGGCAGACGAUCCGUGGGUAAAAUAUAUAUGGGAUUGGGUCGCUACUGCUGAAGACAACGCUGAUGAUGGAGGGAUGAUACUCUCGAAUAUUGACCUCAGCUAUGUUGGAGUUCACUCAAUAUGGACCAAUAAUCUUGGUAAAUCACUAGAAGCGGAAACAGUCCAGACCCCAGCUGACGUUGUCAUAGGCUGUGAUCCUUCUGCUCGACUACCUCCUGGCAUAACGCCCCCCGAUCGCACAACAUGGGAACGUACCAUCGCAAGCUUCUGCAAAAAGAAUCAUCUUCCCAAGUUCAACGGAGCAGCUACCAAAUGGCCAGCCCACCGUCAGCUAUGCCUCGAAAUAUGCGGCUGGGGCGAUUCAGAAAAACAUGAUCCAAAAGGCCGCAAUCGAAAGGCAGAUCCUGAGUACCCCACCACCAUUCAUACCAUGGCUGCUGCUCGUGCUUUAUUCACAGGAGAUCACAAGGAAGCCAUCCAGAUCCUUAAGAAAGCCAGCACUGCGCAUCCUGAACUCUUAUUUGUGUCUUUGGCCCUACAGCUUAUGGGUAGCGGCGACAGCACGCCUGCCAAGAACAAGGAACAGCUUGAUUUCGAUGAAGAUGUUGCGUCCAAAACCGACCCUUACCUCCGAGCCAUAUCAUCACUAAUUGCGACAGGUGACUGGACAGCCAUAGCUAGCCAGCUAUCCCUUCCCCUUUCCGAUCGAGUUUACGUUGCAAUUCGCAACUUUGAUGAUGACCAGCUCACACAAUGGCUCAAUGAGCAAAUCGCCUUAGCGAUAGCAGACGGAGAUAUAGAAGGCAUCGUCCUUACAGGUAUCACAGAACCCAUGGUUGAUAUUUUUGCCCGCUACAUUCAAAAGUUUCAUGACGUUCAGACAGCGACCCUUGUGCUGUCUAUUUGUGCACCGAGAUAUAUAGACGAUAUUCGCUGUCGAGCCUGGCGCAACACUUACCGGGCCCAUCUUCAGCGCCAUAAACUCUUCUUCCAGCGCACAAAGUUUGACGUCGAGUCAACGAAGCGAUCAAAACGGGACGGCAUUCCCAAAUUGAAACCACCUUCUCGCCAGAUUGCCCUCCGCUGUGUUUUCUGCGAUGCUGAGACAUCACUCGCAAAUAACGCCAAUCAGCCACCGCAUCUUGGCGGUGCCUCUUCUGCGCAAGCAGCAUCAGCUCUCGAGUCUCGAAACCCGCUUCUCGCAACGAGCAUCAAUGCGGGUGUGAGCUGUCCCAACUGCGGUCGACACCUCCCGCGUUGUGUAGUCUGUCUCGAAAUUGUGGGCGUUCCUCGUUCCGACAAGCCAGAAGAAAAGAGCGAGUCUAAGAUGGCUGGCCAGUUUCCUACGUUUUGUCUCCGCUGCGAACAUGUUUUACAUCUGGACCACGCCCGCCAGUGGUUUGCUAGACACGUUGAGUGUCCAGUACCGGAAUGCCGAUGUCGAUGUAACUUCAGAGCGAACCCCGAGUUGAGCUAUCGUUAG